AUGUCCAGCGUGGCGCACAGCCGCGUGUCGGCGCCGCUCGAGUUGACGACGAUGGAGAAGGCGACCGCGUACGUGCUGACCACGGCUAGUUCGCCGCCGCUGCUGAUGACCGGCGCGACGGCCAAUCAUAGCCGCUACGACGAGCUGUACAGCAUGCCGGCCUACACGCUGCUGCAGUCGCUCAACCGCUACUACACACCAGUGAUCAUCGCCGUCGGCGUGUUCGGCAACCUGCUCUCGUUCGUCGUCUUCAUCUUCACCUACCUGAACACGCGCUCGAGCAGCUAUUACCUGGCGGCGCUGGCGCUCGCCGACACGCUCUACCUGCUCACGCUGCUCAUGGUGUGGAUCACCGACAUGGGCGUCAACAUCUACCACAACAACGGCUGGUGCCAGCUGCUCAUCUACUCGUCGUCGGUGUGCAGCUUCCUGUCGGUGUGGUUCAUCGUCGCCUUCACCGUCGAGCGCUUCAUCGCCGUGCGCUACCCGCUGCACCGGCCGUCGAUGUGCACCGUAUCGCGCGCGAAGAUGGUCAUCGCCGCGCUGACAGUGUCCGGCAUGGUCAUGUACAGCUACGUGAUGUGGACGGCCGGCAUGGUGGACAUCGAGAACGGCUCGGGGCUGACCGCCUGCGGGCUGCUGCCCGUGCACGCGUACGCGCAGUCGGCGCUCAACCACGUCGACACGUUUCUCACGCUGAUCCUGCCCUUCGUCACCGUGCUCGUGCUCAACGUGCUCAUCACGAUCCAGAUCGUGCACUUCAAUCGCAAGUGCGUCGAGCUGGAGCCGAAGUUCGCGCAGCAGCACACGAACAUCGUCAGCUCGCGUACUCACAUCUCCAUCGCCAAGCUGCUGCUGCUCAUCUCGACGAUCUUCAUACUGCUGAACACGCCCAGCUACGUGAUCCGCAUACACGUGUUCGUGCGCACGCUCGCCGGCGGCGACGACGACGACGUCGGCGACGUCAUGUCGACGACCGAGAUGCUGCUGCAGAGCUACUUCAACCUGCUCUACUACACGAACUUCUCGGUGAACUUCGUGCUCUACUCGGUGUGCGGCAUCAACUUUCGGCGCGCGCUCGUGCGACUGCUGCGCGAGAAGCUGGGAGCGGCCGAGUACACGAAGAACACGCACCGCUACAAAUGA